AUGCGCAAAAAAUUAUAUACAAUCAACUUGUACGGUUUACAAAGUAAAUGUUGCUCGUUCAUUGGAAUGAAAAAUGCCUUCCCCUUGCGAACCAUUUAUUUAAAUGCUGGCGAAUCAUAUGCAGGUGCUGCUUUAUGGAAUGAUAAUAGGCUGAUAUUUUAUGAUCUUAUCAAAGAAGUCCAUAGCGUAGUGAAUUCAAAUAAAAAAGUAGAAUAUUCGAUAAAAAUUUCUCGAAUGCCAUGCACUACAAAAACGCCAGAAAUAGGAAUUGAUUAUAAUGAGGAGCACAUGAGUUUGCGAUCGUUGAUGCCACUUCACAGCCGAGAUUUACCUUUAUCACUUCAAAAUGUUGACGAAUUCACACAAAAGGCGAUGAAGAUGAAUCGAAAAUCGUUUAAGAAACCAUAUUUCGAAAGGCGCAGGAAGGUACCAGCGGACAAUGAAUAUUUAUACUACGAGGAAGAGGAUGAUGAAACCGCCGGAAAAAGCUUUAAGGCCAAUAAAAAGCUCAUAUCCGAUGACAGCCUUUGGCCAGUUGGACAUAAAUCGAAAACAAAUAUACAUUUUGCUGAAAGUCAAGGAUUCUCGAAAACAUGGGACAACAGUGAUGAUGAUUAUGAAUAUGAAUUAAACAUUAAUAAAGGUGAACGUUCCAAUGUUUAUAAUACGGAUUUGGAAGAAAGUUAUUCAUCAGGAAAAUCUUUUUAUUUAUCUCCUAAUUAUCCAUUUCGUUUUGCACAAAAAGAUCAUAAAAAAGCGGAUAACGAUUUGCUAUUACCAACGUUGAAUUUUGCACGAAACGUACAAAGAAGACCGAAAGUUCACCAGGCUUUAACAUACUUUGGGCAGCAGCCUAAUUAUCUCGAAUCAUUGCAAUGCUUUAGCGGUGAUAUGACAGUUAAAACGCUUAAUGGAAUAAAAUCCCUUAAAAAUUUAACUACAAAUGAUCGCGUUUUAUCUACUGAAGAAUCCAUUAUAUCUUAUUCGCCAAUUUUGAUGUUCUUACAUCGCUUGGAAAAUGAGAUCGCUGAGUUCAAUCUAAUAACAACGGUUGGCAAUAAGAAAUUAAAAAUAACGGAUUAUCACCUUAUUUAUACAAAUGAUUGCAAUUUAAAAGAUCCUUUGCGUUUAUUAUAUGCUAAAGAUUUACGUAAAGGACAGUGUUUAUAUAGUAUCGAAAGCCAAUCGUCUUUCCAACCUGUUAAAAUAUUAUCUAUUGAGCGGGUAAAAGAGAUUGGAAUCUAUGCUCCAUUAACGAAUUCGGGAGAUAUUGUAGUGAAUUCGAUUUUGACGUCUUGUCAUAGCAAUGUGGCGAUGCAAACCCUUCAGCAAACAUUUUUCACUUUGUAUCGCCGAGUACAUGCAUGGAUCGCUAGUGCUUUCGAUAUGCCACCACACAACGAUCUUCCAUUUGGUGUAUCAUUUCUUGCAACAAUUAUUGAAUCUAUUGUACCACUUUGA